AUUGGAAUAAGUCGUUUGACAAGUGACAAGUGACAUUUCGUACAACUUAAUAGUGAGCCCCCUCGAAAAUGCUGCUUUCUAGAGGACUCAGCGUCCUCAGAACAACCAAACUACUUCGAGGAGCCCCCCUUGAAACCGUCCAGCAAGUCAGAAACUCUUCACACGUAUGGAGUUAUAGAAGUGCGGGACCUCCGCCGACGAAGAAUUUGCUUUGGGCAGCCGAAGCCGUUCAAGGUUUUGCGUGGUGGUGGGUUUUAUGGCAUCUGUACACUGAACCCGGGCACGUCACUGGCGAAUUCCCAUAUCCUGACCCUCGACAAUGGAGCGAUGAGGAGCUGGGAAUUCCGUCGUCGUAGGAGCGACUUGUUGUGUAGUUGUUUGUAUGUAAAUAAAGAAAUUUCAAGGUAGACAA